UUGCCUAACUGACGUCACUAUUGUGUGCUACGGCUUCAACUGAAGAGGUGAAAUUAUUUAGCUUGGCACACGAUAAAUACAAUUUUAGCUUUCGCUGAUAAUGUAGACAAAAUGUUAUGACAUGACGGUUAUUAUGGAUCGUUACAACGAGGUGAAACGUUUGCUGAAAACUUGGGAGCAGGGAUUUGUCCAGCAGCACCAGAGGAAACCCAGCAAGGAGGACAUUGACGAAGCCCCGGAGGAGACCAGGAAUCUAUAUAAAGAGUACCGCAGUUUGAAACAAGCCGGAGAGAACAGCAGCAGCAGUAGUAGUAGUAGUAGAAGUGAUGCUAGCAGUAAACACCCAGAAUCAGGCCAGAAGGAGGCUGACUGCUGGGGUUCCCAUCUGAAUCGCAGUGCAUUGCCAGCAUCCUCGCCUCGACUGACAGCCCUGGACAGAGACAGUCUGAAGGCCUCAGCACAGUACUAUGGGCUCAAACUCAAAAACAACCUGGCAACAAUGCCUCACAAGGAGAGACCUGUCUCUUUAAGAACAUCAGGUCGUUUGCCUCCGAACUCCUUCAAGGAUGGUGCACAGGAGACCAAAUCCACCACCACAUCCUCUCCCUUUUCACCAAGUAGACAGGUGAAGCCUGGCCUGGGAGCACUGGUUUCCAGUCAGCUCCAAGCGUUGGAGCCUGAAGAGCCCUUUGAAGCUGCCCAGGAGCCGCUCGGUUCUAACCCAGGAAACGAUCGCAGCAGGACGGGUGCCAGCAAAGACGUGGAGGCUUCUUCUGCAGACACCGGAGAAGACUCGGGGUCUUCACGUGGAGACCUCGGCGGCGCAGCUGUCGGCACUUGGCCCGCGUCAAGUGACACCCCGCGCCCUCUCGGAGGAUUCCGAGUGGGAAUGGCUGCGGGUCCGAGGCCUUCCCCUGCCAGCAGGCUGAGCUCUGUCGACAAGAAGUGGCUGGAGAGGUGUCAGGUGUUUGGAGAGAUGGGAGCUGAGGAGAGACCUGGAGCUGGCAACCAGGAGAGAGAUCUGCUAGUGGGAAAGAAGGAUGGGAAAGACGUAGUGGGAAAAGAUCUACUUGUAGAAGAAAAGACACUGGAGAGAGAUGAGAGUAAAACUCCUGAUCAACAUUUCACUAAAAAACAGGAAAGCAAGACCGAGGCACACGUGACACCACCUUCAACACCAGAUGAUCCUCCUCCGUCCACGUGUGCUAAGAAGAGCAGGAAGAGACAAAGGGAAGGAGAGAUGACACAAGGAGAGGAAGGAGUCAAAAAGAGAAGAAGAAAUGCUAAAAAGAAUGAGGAGCGGUGGGCCGGGAAUGCUGACGAAGGGAACGGGAAGACAAGAACCAAGAGGAGCAAGAAAAAGGGCAAAGAUGACACCGAUGACGCAGAGGAAGAAGCUAAGAUCCCAAAGAAGGCGCCUCAGGAGAAUCUGUUAGGAGAAAUGGAGGAAGAAUAUGUGGCGAAGAGAUCGUAUCACGGACAGUCUGCCAGAGCCAGAGGCAACGCUGCUUCAGAGGGCAACUUUGUGAAGAUAAACCUGAAGAAGAAAUCUCACGUCAAAGGAUACGCACUAAGAGGACUUGCCCUACGCAAACAACUGUACAUGCAGAAGUUCCAGCUGAAAGGCGAACGUUUCGGCGGAGGCGGUGGCCAUUUUGGCCGAGGCAGGAGGGGCGGCUUCAGGGGAGGCCACAGCCGCCCGAGCGACACCUGCUACAAGUGCGGGGCCACCGGACACUGGGCCAUCCACUGCAAGGGACCGGCUCCGCCCCCUCCUGUUGUUGCGGACACGCCUGCUGAGGAGGAGCCCUUUGAGCUCCCCACCUUGGAGGAGGUUGCCAGGGCGACAGGAACCCUGCAAGCCCAGCCAGAGGCGCAGCAGGAACAGCAGGACACGGACAACAAAGACGAAGCUCUGCUGAACGUGAUUCGACCCGACUACGAGCGGCCGCCGCCUCCGCCGCCCAUGGAGCCGCUGUACGGCCUCACGGACGAGGGCAAAGUUCAAACAACACCAGACGAGGUCUUCACUGCUCUCCAGGAACUGGGCUACAGCUCCUUCAGGGCUGGUCAGGAGGAAGCCAUCAUGAGGAUCCUGUCAGGUCUGUCCACCCUGGUGGUGCUGUCCACGGGCAUGGGCAAGUCCUUGUGCUAUCAGCUCCCAGCGUUCCUGUACGCCAAGCGAUCCAAAUCCAUCGCUUUGGUCAUCUCGCCGCUGGUCUCGCUGAUGGACGACCAGCUGUCCGGCCUGCCCGCCAAGCUGAAGGCCGCCUGCAUCCACUCCAACAUGACCACGAAGCAGAGAGAAGCUGCGGUGGAGAAGGUGAAGACGGGUCAGGUGUGCGUGCUGCUGCUGUCCCCCGAGGCCCUGGUAGGAGGGGGCGGCUCCGGAUCCGGGUGUCUGCCCGCGGCGCAGGAGCUCCCCCCUGUGGCCUUCGCGUGCAUCGACGAGGCGCAUUGCGUGUCCGAGUGGUCGCACAACUUCAGGCCCUGCUACCUGAGGCUGUGUAAGGUUCUGAGGGAGCGUUUGGGCGUGCGGUGCCUGCUGGGACUUACCGCCACGGCCACGCUGUCCACCGCGCUGGACAUAGCUCAGCACCUGGACAUCCAUCACGAGGACGGCAUCGCCGUGCGCUCGGCCGCCGUGCCCGCCAACCUGCACCUGUCUGUGUCCAUGGACCGACAAAAGGAUCACGCGCUGGUGUCCUUGCUGAAAGGCCAUCGCUUCGGUUGCCUGGACUCCAUCAUCGUCUACUGCACCAGGAGGGAGGAGACGGCUCGCGUGGCGGCGCUGCUCAGGACCUGCCUGCAGGGGGUCCUCCUGAAGGAAAACACAGACAUCAGCAGCCGAGCUCCGAGCAACCCGGCCGGGCAGAAGAAGAAGGACCUCGCCAGGAAAAAGAUCCGCAAGCCUCUGAAGUGGCAGGCCGAGUCCUACCACGCCGGCCUCUCUGCUUCGGAACGCCGCCGCGUUCAGAACAACUUCAUGUGCGGCCAGCUGAGGAUCGUGGUGGCCACCGUGGCCUUUGGCAUGGGCCUGGACAAGUCCGACGUGCGCGGGGUGGUUCACUACAACAUGCCCAAGAGCUUUGAGAGCUACGUUCAAGAAAUCGGGAGAGCUGGCAGAGAUGGCGAGCCGGCGCAUUGUCACCUCUUCCUUGACCCCGAGGGCAUGGACCUCCACGAGCUGCGUCGUCACAUCUACUCGGACACGGUGGACUACUACACGGUGAAGAGGCUGGUCCAGAAGGUGUUCCCUCCCUGCAAAUGCAAACAGAUACACCAGAAACAGCAGCAACUCAUCAAGGAGGACGUGGAUGACGCAGAGCUGCUGGAGAUGAUGGAGACGUGUGAGCGGGAGAGCGGCCAGCAGGACGCCAGCCGUCCUGAGAUGACGGCGGAGGAGGAAGCCGUGGAGGAGGUGGAAAGCAAAGAGUGGCCCGUGGAACGAGUGUGUCACACUCAUGAGAGAGCGAUUCCUAUCCAGCAGACGGUGGAGGCUCUGGACAUCACCGAGGAGGGGGUGGAGACGCUGCUGUGCUACCUGGAGUUGCAUCCUCAGCGCUUUGUGGAGCUUCUCCACUCCACGCUGUCCGUGUGCCAAGUCAGCUGCUCCGACGGACCCCGACAGCUCCAGAGAAUCACCAAAAUAUGUCCGCCCGUGGCCGUGGUGCUGGCCAGGCGGCGAAUGGCCGGCGAGCGAGUGGAGACGUGCGACCGGCUGGAGUUCGACGUGGUGGAGGUGGCCGACAGCAUGGGAUGGCAGCUGCCUCUGGUCAAGCGGGGGCUCAGGCAGCUUCAGUGGAGCUCGGUCGGCGGACGGAGCGGCGUCCACGUGGAGUUCUCCUCCCCGUCUUUCUACUUCCGUUCCUACGGCGACCUGAGCGACCAAGAGCUGGACCGAGUGUGCCACUUCCUGCACGAGCGCGUGCAAGACCAGGAGAGGUCUCGGCUCUACCAGCUCAGCGCCUGCUUCAAGGCCUUCAAAAGCGUGGCCUUCCAGGACGUGCUGCCAUGCGUGGAGGAUUUGGACCGGGCUCGCAGUCUCCAGCUCAAAGACCUCCUGUCCGACUACUUCGAUAAGAGGCGGGACCGACACCUCGCCCGGCAGCCCCCGGACGUGGAGGAGGGUCUGGACCAGUACAAGCUCCUAGAUUGGGAAAGUCAGAUCAGGGCAGACAUCAGGAGCUUCCUGUCCACGAGGAGUGACGAGAAGUUCUCGGGGAGAGCCGUCGCCAGGAUCCUCCACGGCAUCGGAAGUCCGUGUUAUCCGGCUCAGACGUACGGCAGAGACCGACGCUACUGGAGGAAGUACAUCCAAUUUGACUUCAACCAGCUCAUCAAGAUGGCCACCCAGGAGAUCAUACGCUUUAAGUGAACCCUCACCUUUAUGUCCUUUAUGCAUGU